UUUGGGAUCGACUUUCUGACACGUCAAUUGCACCUCCUGUCAUUCUCGAAGAUCGGUUAGCGUUAACGCCUCAACGGUGGUAGUCGAUCCACCCGCUCGCUCGUGCUCGGUCACCUCAGCCGCAAUGCCCCCCGCCGCACCUCAACUCCCGACCCGAUUCCCCUGCUGGUGUCGGGCAGUAUAUUCAUGGGGAGGAGAAACGAAACGUGAUCUGGGUUUUGUGGAGGGGGACCUCAUAGAAUGCCUGAAUGCCGGAGAUGGCCAGUGGUGGAUGGGCCGACUGCGGAGAGAUAGGCGCAUGAUGGGGCUAUUUCCCUCCAACUUUGUCGAAGUACUCAGCGAGGAUUUUGUGCCAAUCACCCGAUCCACGAGCCCUAUGCUGCCUCCCACCUCAUCUCCGAUCACGAAUCCUACGUCGGCCCCAAAGAAACAGAAGACGGUCUUUCGGAAGCCAUUCCAGGCUCACAAAGAAGCCCUUGCACCCUCGGGGGAGCUAUCUCGGAGCUCCACUGCAUCAUCACCAGUGAUCAGCGCGAUCCCGCAAACUCCACCCCGAGAUGGCAGUCUUCGAAAAAUGAAGCCGCUGCGUACACCUACGACCGCUGUCAAGCACCAGAGCUCCCUGACAAGGCCGCCUUCGUCACGAACAAGGCCCUUGUCCCGCGCGCUCUCCCCGCGUCCUCCACCAGAGUCGGACAUCCCAUUAUCGUCUACGCUCCCUGGUACAUACAUCUCCCACUCCAGACCUCCAUCGCGCGGACCUCCAUCGCGUGCAGUGUCGCCCCGUCCUCCGCAAGAGUUGGAUUUCCAGUUACCCUCUAUCCCCCCGGUCCAAAGUGCCCCACGUCCUGGACCUAUGCCCCGUGCAGCAUCACCGCGUCCUCCACCAAAUCUCGACUAUCAGCUCCCGUCUCUACCCCCUAUGCAGGAUGCCGUGCAUAGACCCCUAUCUCGUGCGGCAUCCCCUCGCCCGCCGAACGACUUUGACUUUUUGCCCCCUCAAGUCCCAAGGCACAAUCACAGUAUGUCUUUGCCUCAACCAUCGUCGCGCGAGAUCUCUCCGCUACAGCUCCAAGAGCGAGAGGAAUCACCGCCCCCGCCUCCCCCUCCGCACCGAAUUGCUGUUCACCGUCAACCCUCCUUCGAGACCCAAGCCCCGGCACACGUCCCCACGCGCCUGGACAUGAAUGAUCGAUUUGUCACGAUGUCAAGAACACCAUCACCAGCCGCCCACUCUGAAGGACAGGGGCAUACACCUUCCCCCCUCAGGGAUGCGAUGGAAGACGUGAUGACUUCAUUGGAGGAUAUGGGGCUGUCUCGGGACACGCAGUCGCCAUCCCCACAGCCGACGUUUAACAAUCCGUGGUCACCGGAUGCCUAUGACAGCUUCCGUGAAAGCCGGCCUUUGCAGACUUCCCGUCGACCCUUGACCUCUCUGGGAUUUGAUGGAGACAACAAGGACUACCAGUAUAAUGGCAGUCAGACCCACAGAAACAGCGUUUACGCACACGAUCCCUAUGUGGAUGGGCCCCCACAAUUGAACAACUACGUGCAGAGGAUGGAGAGUCGGCUGCGCCAAUUGCAGGAGCAGAACCAACGGGACGCCGAGGAUACGCAACCCUCCGAUGACGAGGAGCCCCCACCGCCACCCCCAAGGAACGUACCCUACCAUGGCCGGCAUAAUUCGAUUCCAGCCCAGUACCCAUUGGUAAGAGGACGACGAUCCGGCCAAGACCUCCGCGGGGACCUACUCAACCGGACGUACACUAAUAAGUCCAGCACCACCAACUCUUCCAGCGGGGUGCAUAGUACGAGCACGACCCAGACUGGCAGUACCGAGAGGACCAGCCAAAGCAUUAUGAGCGGCCCGUCAGCCGGGGGAUUCAGCGCAACAAGUGCGGGAAGUUAUGCUCGAAGGGGGACUACGCCAGCCGAGAGACCAAAUACGGCAGUUGACACUGUUCGCUCAAGAGGCUUUAGCGAUGUCUCCCGGAUAGGACGGCCUGAAACGCCAUUGACCGGUGUAUCUUACCACUCCAGCCAUAAUACCUCUCGGCAAGGGGCGUCAUCUGCCAUACCUUGGUCGUCAGGUGGGGGCGGUGGGGAAGAGUCUACCGCGGUGUUUGGUGGGCUUUCCACGCCGAAAGCUAAGAAGCCAGGGUUUUUCAAAAAGAUCUUCGAGUCGGCGAAGACCGGCGCCGCUAAUGCAAGAAGCAGCAUCGCGGUGGGACAGAACGGCGGGUCCUUGUCCCCCACCAAAGGUCGAGGAAUCUCACCAAUCCGUGCUUUACAAAGCCGGGAUUCUCCUCGUGAGCCGGCCCCCGGCAACAGCGCCAUCGACUGGGUUCAAGUACGCCGUGAUGUAAACCGCGCAAGCUCGCUCAGUCGGAACGAAAGGAUCGAGAGGGCCGAAAGAUGUCAGAUGAUGGAUCACCCGGUGAUAUAUGCAGUGGAGGAACUUUAUGAGACGGCAGAAGGAGACGAAAGCAUUGACGGUUUGCCGAUCAGUGAGCCGACCAACUUUGGGACUGUGAACUUGAAUCUUGUGGAUAAGAGCGCUCGGUUUGUCAACAGUCUUCCCCCAAUGACAAAUCCGGCGAGCUUAGCGCAUGGAUAUGUUUGUCGGCCGUAUAAGAGUGAUGUCCAGAGGCUGCGCGCCAUCUUUACUUGGGUCAGCGAGAAGAUCGCCUGGGAUGACCCUGUUGAGGAGAUCGGGAUCGACUUGAAGCGCGUGCUCCAGACGAAGAGAGGUAGCCCGCAAGAAGUGGCCUACCUGGUCAAGGAGAUGUGUGCAGCGGUUGGUCUCCACGCCGAAGCGAUCAAUGGAUAUCUCAAAAGCCCCGGAGAGAUCUUUGACCUGGACGGUCUUUCUCAAGCAAACCAUUGGUGGAACUCGGUGCUCGUUGAUGGCGAAUGGCGUAUCAUGGACUGUUCACUGGCCAGCCCUACCAACCCGCGAAGGACCCAAUUCGUCACCAACAAUACGUCAGUUGCCGAAAGCUGGUAUUUCCUUGCACGACCAUUGGAGAUCUGCUAUACACAUGUUCCUCUUGCUCCGGAGGAGCAGCACAUCUGCCCGCCAAUCCCCCCUGACGUUCUGCUCGCACUCCCAGCGGUGUGUCCGCCAUAUUUCAAACUCAAUAUGCAGUUCCCUGAAUACGACACGAGUAUAAUCCGGAUUGAUGGCUUGGAAGUUAUGCAAAUCCGGCUCCUGGUGCCCCCUGACGUGGAAUGCGCCGCUGAGGUGGAAGCUCCAGGGUUCGCCCGUGACGCAGACGGCGACUUCUUUGAGAGCGGCGAAAUCGUGCGCAAGCGCGCGCUGGUGCAGCCUGACUGGGUCACUGGACAGAAACGGAUCACGGUGAAAGCCGUUCUACCGGGCGAUGAGGGCCAGGGCACGGUCAAAGUGUACGCCGGCAAGAGGGGACUGAUGCACUCCAGCCGCGACAUCCCCCAUCCGCUGGCUCUCUCCUUGCCCAUUCUCCACAGCAACGACAACCCACCGUACGAUUUCGUGCUGCGCCAUCCGACUCCCCAUGCUCAGCGGCACGAUCUCUACAUUAUGCAGCCGCAGUGUUCCAAGCUGGCUGUCAACAACACCUUCGUUUUUGCCGUCCGCCAGCAUCCGGCCUCGCUCACCUUUUCGUCCGGCAGUAACGAAGCUGGCGUCAGCGGGCGUGUCUCCCCGUCUGUCUUCACCCGGCCUGCCAGUGCGCUGAGUAUGGUCUCCAGUUCCGCGGGCGGAUCGUCGGUUUCGGGUGUCUCGAAUGAGUUUUCUGCGUCGACCUCGGCCAUCUCGUCCGCUCGGUCAAUGUCUGGCCGCGAGAAGCCGGCGAAGUUAGCGAUCCAGUCACCAUCGGGCAAGAUCUUGCGUCUGACGCGAAAGCCCGAACACAUGCUCAGCCCCAACACGGGCGGCCACGCUUUCACCGAUGCGCCAGGGGAUGGCAGCGUGUGGGAAACGGUGAUCAAGAUCGGCGAGCGCGGCACGUGGCGCGGUCUUGUGCUGGCAGACCGGGUUGCGCGCUGGUGUGUGUUCUGCGAAUGGGAGUGUUACUAGCACCAUCGCACGAGUCCAUGCCUGUAAUCUUAAUCUUAACCUUUAUUUGUGAUUCUUCGAGGUCUUCUCUUACCUAUGCAUU